AACAACAACAAUACACUAAUGAAGAUGUACCAGCUGAUGACCUCUGAUGGCCGCAGUCUGGCUGCAACGCUCCUCCUCCUGCUCCUUGCCGCCGCCCAAGUAGCCGGCACACCUGCAGCUGCGGCGGCGGGAGCAGCCUGCCACAAUGACCUUAUCGCUCUGCGCAGCACCUGCUACCAGUACGUCCAGGAUGACGGAGGCCCCAUGGUCCAGCCAUCGCCGCAUUGCUGUGCCACCGUGAGGGGCAUCGCCAACGCGACCUGUGUCUGCGACUACUUCAGCUCCCUCGACUACAUCAACCUGGACAGGGUGUUCUACGUCGCCGGGCAGUGCGCCGUCGCCAUCCCCUGGAGCUGCGGAGACUAAAAUCAGGUCUGACGACAGAACCAGAUGAUGGAGAAGUUGGCUAACAUACGCAGGGCAUCCUGUAAUGCUCACAUAAAUGAAUGAAUAAAUUAAAUUUGGUGCUUCUUA